AUGCUUGACGCCACCGUCAAGACGAAUGAGGCGGCAUCGGCGGCGGCUGCCCAACUCUCCAACCGAACGGGUUUGCUUCCCGCCAAUGAGAAGCCCGAGUUCCUAGCUGCCGUGAAGUCCAUCAUAGCCAAGCGAUGGGACGGGCAGCUGCACAACUCCCUCCACGCCUUGGGGUGGCUUUUAAGCCCUAAGAACCAGUACAUCGGGGAGGUGCGGAACGAUCCCGAGCCCGUGACCUCAUCCGAGGUCGAGAGGUGUUGGUCCGCUUUAGCAAGGGUCCAACGCCGAGACCGCAACCGGCUGAACGCCAAGUCCAUGACGGACGUGGCAUUUGUGGCGUUUGGUCGCCGAGCUCGGGAUGCGUUUGACAAAAAGGGAGAGGCCCGAGGUAAGCUCUAUGCUGACCUCGGCAAUGGAACGCUGAGGGAGGGCAGCAGCAGCGUGGCUCUACCUCCACCGGUGGAGGCGGAGGUGGAUGACGAGGAAGAGGGGGGGGAGCCGUGUGCCAUUGACUGGGAUUCCUUUGGCAGCAUUGGCAAGCGGGCUCCGAAGAGGAAGGGCGCAGCCCUGAAAAAGAAAAGUGGUACCAACAAGGCCAGCGCGUCCCGCAAGGGGAAAGAGAAGGUGCGUGAUGAGGAGGAGGAAGAGGAGGAGGCGGCCGACAGUGAUAGCAGUGGCGGGGGCGAUGAGCCAGCCAAGCGCAAGAACAAAGGGCCCAAUCCGUGGGAUUGUAGCGACGGUGACAGUGGGGAGGAGGAUGACGAGGAGGAGGAUGAAGAAGACGAGGAGGAUGCGUACGUGUAG